AUAAGAUGAUGUUUCCGGCUGUCAUGACGACUAUGGAGCGUCCUGACGGCGGCCUGACAGCAGGAGGCAUUGUGGAGACAUGAAUAAGUGACUUGUGUCCUAGAAUGAUUUCCAGAUACAAAAGAAAGCCAGUAUCACAGAUUAUACAAAUAAAUCAGACACUUGCCAAAGCUGCAGAGAAUCACCCUCCCCCAGACAGAGUAGACGCUUUACCCGCAUCUCGUGGCAGUGAACGAUAUGUAGCAGCUUUCGAAUAUGAAAGUAAAUCCGAGGAUUCCGAAAAUUCUGAAUUCCAGAGAAAUGACACAGAGGUUUCAUGGUCAGAAUUUCAAAGUUGUGCUGAACUGUCCACUGAUAACAGCUCGGUUAUCUCUUGGGGCUUUGAUGAGUUUGACAAAGCCGCAACACGACAGGUGCAAAAGAUUUUCAAGCAGAUUGAUGAGCUGCUUUAUGAACAGAAAGCCAGUACAUUGGUGGAAGGUCUACAAGAAGAGUGCCAUCAAUGGAUGUCAUCCUUCCCACAUCUGCGAAUACAAGGCAGGCAGACAGUGGCUCCAGUGGAAGAUGGGUACCGAUGGUAUUCUAGUCAGCCCUCAGAAGCUGCUUCUUCUACAGCCUACAUUUCAACCCAUGGAAGAGAUUCCAAUGAGCUGGGUAUUUAUGGUACAAGAUUCCCUCUCUCCACAACUAGUGACUACAGCACCCUGGUGUCCUUUUCCCUCUCUGGUGAAGAAGACGAAGAGGAUGCUGUAGGUGUCAUCAUGUCAGAUGGCAUUAUGGAAGAAUAUUUUGCCUUUGACAGCCGAGAUAAGGAUGAUGAGCUCUUCGAAUGGCACAGAGUAAUGUCUUUGGACAGCCUGAAGAUGGGUUACCCACCUAUUUCCCCACAGUACUGCAAAAAAGAGGCUGUGCUGGCCUGUCUGUUCGAUGAUGUCUGGAGGGAAGCAGUUAGCUGUUUGGAGGAGCUCAUUUUCAGAUACUGGGAAGAAUCAAUCACUGAUGAUGACACACAUGACACAGCAAUUAAAACCACUAGAGUGGAGUCUCUUAAUCCAUAUGCUCCUCUCCAGCGUCUUCCAUUGGUUCUACCUCCUGUUCCACAUUCCAGAAUUCCUGCCAUCUCCCCCAAUGUGGCCAAUCGUUCUCAAGGAGGAAGCAUCGUGAAUCAACGUAACCUCAAUGAAUUAAUGAUGAUUCAUGGAAUCCCUUUACAGCAGAGGAAUCUCCAUCUUAUGGACAAAGUCCUAGAUUCUGAUGACAAGCCACCCAUUAGACCCACUUCUGCUGCUGUAAUCUCUGGGAAACCACGGCCAGGCCGACCACUGGAACACAGUUCCUCUUCAUUGUCUCAUAAUGUCCCUUCAGCAAGACGGCGGAACCCUCCACGAACCCUUCACCCAAUCAACAAUAACCCUAAUAAUUCCAGGUCCUGUACACCAAAAAUGGAAGAAGUCAUCAGGGGAACACGACUUCAGACUGCAAAUGACCAGCUGUCCUGCUCCCCAGUUCCAUUCAACCGAAAUAAUCUGCUCCCACCUAUUGGUACCUCAGAUACAGAAUACCACUACUUGCCUGGAUCGCAGAGACAAACGGAGCUGUUUAAGAAUUGAGAGCUGGGGAUAUUCUGUCCAGAUAACCCCUUGGAAAGAUCGUCCGUAAAUUUAGACCACCCAAAUCCACUUCGCCCUAGCAGAGG